GUGUCGGUUUUCCCAACAAUGGCCCAUAUACCGCCGUCACGAUAAAUUCAAGAGCCACAAUGGCGCAAGAAGCCGCUUACUCCGCAUCUCUCCCUUACCAUGAACCCGGCAUUGUCACCAUCCUCAUCAUCUCUUCGUUCUUGCUCCUCCUGAACUGUGUCAACUGGCUUCUUGACCGUCUUGUCUUUUGUGGUCUCAUCGGGCAGAUUUUCAUUGGAAUUGCUUGGGGAGCACCUGGAUCGAAAUGGCUUACUACAGAGCUGCAAGAGGUGAUUGUGCAGCUGGGAUAUCUUGGACUAUUGUGUAUUGUUUAUGAAGGCGGCAUCUCAAGCAAUAUCCGCGCCUUGAAAGCAAACUUAUUCCUCUCUUCCGCCGUUGCGCUCACUGGUCUCGCGGCGCCCAUUGGUCUCUCCUUUGUGCUGUUGGGACUUCUACCAGGAACCUCGCCUGUUCAAGCUUUUGCUGCAGGAGCAGCACUAUGUUCGACUUCACUGGGGACCACUUUUACUGUUCUGGCCACGAGCGGAUUGACGGAAAGUCGUCUGGGCGUUGUACUCACUAGCGCGGCGAUGAUGGACGAUGUAGUCGGGCUGGUCAUGGUUCAGAUCAUCUCGAGCUUGGGAGAGGGAUCGACAUUCAGCGAAGUGACUGUCAUUCGACCAGUGUUUGUGUCAAUUGCUUUUGCCCUACUGAUUCCGAUGCUAUGUCUCUUCGUGGCGAAGCCGGUUCUGCUGCAUGCGAGGACUUUCCUGGCGAGACCAGAGAAUGGCAAAUACCAGGAGGUGCUAUGCUGCCAGAAAGCUGCUUUCGUGUACCAGACCGGAGUGCUGUUGGCCAUGAUCACUGGAGCUACGUACGCCGGGACAUCGAAUCUAUUCGCUGCGUAUCUGGCAGGCGCAUCUGUUACGUGGCUGUGCGAUCAAUUGGAAGAGGAAGACAACAAGAUUGCCAAUAGAACCGAGCAUGCAGGAGACCUGGACAGAUCCAACUCAACAGCCGCCAGUGCCGUGAAUCACCAGGCAGCACAUUCCUCUGAAGACGGCUGUUCCGGAAAAGAAGUGUAUGAGAAGUUCUACAUGCACGCUGUCGACCACAUUCUCCGGCCAUUCUUCUUUGCAUCUAUCGGAUUCGCUAUCCCAAUCACAAGGCUAUUCACAGGCUCUGUUGUAUGGCGCGGAAUCGUGUAUACGAUCCUCAUGAUCUUUGCGAAAGUCAUCUGCGGAGCAUGGCUGAUUCGCUUUGGCUCUAUGCCUCGAGCAAAGGGCGUCUCGAAUAAGCUCAAUUCGAUAUCCUCAACUCUUGGAAAAUGCUUUGGUAUCGUAAAGAGCGACAAGCAGACAAAACGGUCGCAGCCACUGACAGAGCCCAUUCCCGCCAAUGCUCGGCCACGCCCGGAGUCUGCGGUCUUGCGACAGCCUUCCAAUGCUACAGCAACAGCAGAAGCAUCGACAGAAAUCACUGCCUCGACGCCUGUAGCCUUAGCCAACACUCCCCGCAAACGAGCGUCCCUACCCAAGCCUAAGUCUCUAUACCCCAGCUCCAUCCUCGGCAUGGCCAUGGUCUCCCGUGGCGAGAUUGGUUUCCUCAUCAGUUCUGUCGCGGAAAGUAGAGGAGUUUUCGGAGCCGAAAGCCAGAAUUCUACCUUCCUCAUCGUCACAUGGGCAAUUCUUCUCUGUACGUUGAUUGGACCAAUCACCGUAGGGCUGCUUGUCAAGAGGGUGAGAAGGUUGCAAAAGGCAGAGAGGCAGAAGGCGCGUGGUCAUGGGCAGAAGGAGGAUCCGUUGGGCGUGUGGGGUAUUGUGCCGCAGACGUCGACAGGUGGUGGUGUGGUAAGGUGAUGUUGGGGUCAUAAUAAUCUGGUGCAGAAAGGAGUGGCGGAUACAUGUAUAGAGAUAGAAGUGGUAAAUGGUAAGUGGUAAAUUGAAUCUAUCACCCGCCGAGUUGUGCAGGACAUCACCCGACUUUGUUCUAUCUCUCUUUGAUGCACUUUCCCCACAUGCUGUCCAUCAUAAGGGAAAGUCUGAGCAGCUUUCGAUAUGCGUCGCUAAUUUACUUCAAUCCCGGUCUGUAUGUGAUGCCCUGCCCCACGAUGAUUCCUAUCGUUGGAUUUGUCAAUGCAUGAUUGCGAACCGAAAUGCAAAGCCUCUAACUUUUCUCGACUUGAGCUUCGUCGAAUAUUCUGUUUCUGCUAGCAGUGGCCUUCUCGUAGUCUCUAGAUCUUCUGGUUUUUGAGUCUGAAUGUAAUUUCUGGCAGUUUGAUACUCCUCCUUCUCUAGAGCUCUCCCAUUUGCGCUUGUGGGAGCAUGCAGAUUUGCGACGAAUACGGCGGUGCAGCUUUGAUGAGCCAUGGGGUCAUUCUGCGCCAACUGGACCCAUGAUUCCAUUUGCUUGAGAUUUGUUGGUCGGAUCAUAAGUGAUUGCAACAUGUUCCGAUCCCGCUAUGAUGAGGUUGUGCAGAGGUUUGAUCUAUCGCUCCUGGGGUAGAAUACCGGCACUAUCGGCUGGUGGUUGUGAAGCCUGGUAUCUUGCUCGUGGCGAAGGACAUCUGGGAACCAGAAAGUCGAUCAUGAUAGAUGAGUAACUUGGGUGUGUCCAAGACAGGUAGAUGAACGCUGAUGCCCUGUAUCAGUCAUUGAUCAAAGGAAAAAGUCUCCUCAUAUGUCUUCUCGAUUCGAAAGCCGGACGUCAAGCGCGACUUGCAAUGCGAAUACAGUCAGCAAUAUCUAUAUUGGCUAGUCAGUCAC